AGGGAUAAGAUAUCUGAAUGUGUUAUAAAUUUUCGGGAUCGAAUACUGUUUACAGUAAACUGAAAGUAAACAAAUAGGCCAAUAUCGCUAUAAUAAUGGCUAGCAAGCUGUUGAGACUUGCAUCUAAUAUUUAUAUGAUGAAUUAUCCUUUAAAGAAAAUGACUACAGUACCCAUACGACAUGCUGUAACAUCAGAAACUGGUGCAGUACUUCCUAAGCCAGAGAAAAUGCCUUUCGGUCCGGUUCGUGUUCUAUUGACUGUUUUACCUGGCUUGUACCUUGGAGCAACGAUUAGUAAAGAAGGCGCUGCUUUUCUUGAAGAAAAUGAUAUAUUUGUGCCUGAUGAAGAUGACGACGAAGAUUGAAUGUUAUAUUCCCAUCGUAUAAACUGGAAAACCCAUCUCUUAUGUUAUGCUGUCUGAAAAUGUAGAUCUUUACUGGGAUUAGACAGCAUUUAUUUCAAAUAUGUAUUUAUUGUUGUUAAAAACAGAAAAGUGUAUUUAAUCUGGCGAUGCGACAUUGUAUUUAAAGUCUCUGUUCGUAACUCUAUUUGUUUCUCCAUUCUAUUUAUUUUCUGGUUUAGAAUGCAAUAAUAUUUUAUCAUAUGAAAGGAAAGACAUGGGUUGUAACUUCAUAGCAUUGCAUUUCUUGUUUAGAUUUUUCUUGUUAAAAAAUUUAUUUAGCUGUUAGAAAAUUUGAAUCAAAUGAAUAAAGAUAUAUUGUGGAUACUUGGAAUAACUGAGUUAUUCUACCCUUUUGUAUUCAUCAUUUUAUGUAGUAAGCAUACAAUAUUUUAUCGUUACUUUUUUUUAUUUAUUUAGUCUUUAAUAUACUUAAUUCAUGAAGUAUUUUAUCAUAAGUUUAU